CCUCAUCGGAUUCACCCCCGUUACCUCUCCUACAGAGCCUGCCUGGCCAGGAGCAGCAAGAGAGAGGGAGUCCGCCGAAUAAGAAAAAAAACUAUUUGUUUUAGUGGACCUUAGUCAACAUGCCUUCAAAUAAAGACGAUGGCGGAUGGAAGAAGUUUCUGUGGGAUUCGGAGAAAGGAGAGCUGCUCGGCCGUACGGGGGGCAGUUGGUUCAAAAUCACGGUGUUCUAUGUCGUCUUCUACGGCAUUCUGGCCGGUAUCUUCAUCGGCACCAUCCAGGCCAUGCUGCUCACCCUGAGUGAAUACAAGCCCACCUGGCAGGAUAGAGUCGCCCCACCCGGUUUGUCACACACCCCACGGUCGGACAAAGCUGAGGUGGGCUUCAGCCUGAACGACGUGGAGACGUACCUUCCCUACACCAAAGCUUUGAAGGAGUUCCUGGCCAAGUAUGAUGACGACAAACAGAGGGACCAGAUGAAGUUUGAGGAUUGUGGAGAGGAGCCUGCGGAAUACAAGAACCGAGGAGACUUGGAGAGCGACAUGGGGACCAGGAAGGCCUGUCGUUUCUCCCGGACCUUGCUGGGACCCUGCUCCGGCAUUGAAGACCAGGACUUUGGCUUCAAGGACGGAAAGCCCUGCCUUGUCGUGAAGCUCAACAGGAUCGUCAACUUCCGUCCAAAGCCCCCCUCUUCUAACGAUACCAUCCCUGAGGAUGCUCAACCUAAGGUCCAACCCAAUGUGAUCCCUCUCUUCUGCACCAGCAAGAAACCGGAGGAUGCCGAUAAAAUCGGGGAGAUCAAAUACUACGGCAUCGGCAGCGGCUUCCCCCUGCAGUACUACCCGUACUACGGCAAGCGUCUGCAUCCACACUACCUGCAGCCACUGAUGGCGCUCCAGUUCACCAACCUGACCCAGAACACUGAACUACGCAUCGAGUGCAAAGUGUUUGGAGAAAACAUCUACUACAACGACAAGGACCGAUACCAGGGACGCUUCGACAUCAAGAUCCAGAUUAACAAUUUAUGACCGUCGUCAGGACUUCUGCCCCUCAUCUCCCCCGCCCCUUUAUCCCCAUUAAUAAUGUAAGCAAAGGGGCGGAUCGUCACCGCUAACCCAAUCACUACUAGUCUUGAAUAAAUGCGAAGGAAAAAAAACCUGUUGAGGGACCGACGUGUAAUCUGUCUGCUUUCAUGUCUAGCUUCUCCACCUCUUUCCAGCCUUAGAGUUAAUUUAGAGGAAAGUAGGCCCUAAAAUAUAUAUUUAUUCUGCUGUAAAUGACUUUUCCACGAGCCAUGGGACAUCCGUCACUGACGACUGUAAUUCCAGCUGAUGUAUCUCGAACUGCAUAUCCCUGCCUUGUGUGGUUUCAGUAACUAGUUUUCGGAGUCCGAAGCAAACCACGCUGCUCCUCCUCUUCUUGUAUCGGCAAGCUUUUAGAGAUUUUUAGGUGUGCUUGUGUCUGAACACACACUCCCAUUUACUUAAUGAUGGAAACGGUUGGUUCACUCUGAUCUGUGUAAGGGAAAGGCUGCACUCCAGGAAAUGGCUUCCCCUCUUUCUCGUCUUUUACUUCUGGUCAUGGGAUACUUUUUUUUUUUGUUUUAAUCACUUAAAUGUGUGAGAGGGUUUUAUUUGGUUUCAUGCCUUUUUUUUUGCCUUGAAUGUAGACUUGUGUGUCCAGCCUGUUAGACACUUUGGCCUGCUUGAAGGGUAACGGUGCUAACUUAAGUUUUUACCAUUUCAUUUUUUUUCUGCUGGAUUUAUCACAGCAUUGUGGUGUCACUGAAUGUUUGAACCAUUUUAAAGAUGGUGAAAGAGUUUUAUAUUUAUGCAGAUGUACAUUUUUGUUUCUUUGCAAUGUAAUGUAUAAAUGCAAUACCAAAGUGCUGAGUUGAAGAAGAGAGUCUGUCGGAGGAAAUGCGGUUCUCAUUUAAAGAAUGUCAUCUUAAUAAGUGCUAACAUCAGCGUCUCGCCUUUAAACACUUUCUGUGGUUAACUUCUUCAUUUGCGUUAUGGCCAUGAAUGUAGUUAGGAGUAGACUGAACAAGUAACAGGCAGAAUAAUUUCACGCAGUUCAUGAAAAGAUUCGAGCUCCUGCAGAGCUCUGACUGUAGAUGAAUUAUGCUGGUAUGUUAAAUAUUCCAUAGGAUCUAAUGUUGGUGUAAAAUGCUCAACAAGACAUCAGUUCACCCAACUUUGUCAUUUUAUCAAAGAUGGAAACAAAUAAAGUCAUAGUGAACCUUUA